AUGCAAGGUGGAGUCGGCCCGAAUCUUUCACAAGACGCGGGCCGCGAUGUGGCGUCGCCGCUUCGGCGCUCAGCGCGGCUGAGCGGUGCCUUGUAUCAGCGAAACGGCACUCCUAGCCAGACGUCUGCACCGGUGGGGUCCACGAGUCACUCGGGGCGUCGACGCACGCGGGGCGCCAAGUCGGAUGUUAUGGAUGCCUCUGCAUGGUCUUCGUCCCUCUAUACAGCGCGUAACCCUUCGCAAGUGAGCAGUUAUUAUCUUCGACCGCAGGAGGAUGGCAAAGAUGGUGCCAAUGAGUCUGUGUCCGUUGGCGAGUUUCCAGGGCUCGGCUCACUUCUCCGAGGUUCACAGCGGCCACCAGAGACGCCUAAAUCGUUUUACAAGGGACCAUCGCACUCAGCAGGACCAUACACUCAUGACUAUUCGGAAGAAGACCGGUUCAUGGAGCAGGUCGAGUCAGAUUGGAGGCAGCGAGCUGAUGCGGGCACAUCAAUGCCAGAUACGCCUGCAGAUGCGAACCUUGCUGAUGCGGAUGACUCAGUGUUUGUACCGCAACAAACACCCAGUGUGCCUGGGUUGUUCCGCUCAGUGCACCGGCCCUCUACGGGUGCACCACAUGAGACUGGGAGUCCAACUGACGAAGCUUCGCGACGUGCGCGCUUCUUUGCAUCACCGCAUUCAAGUGAAAUGUUGCCGAGGCGUAGGGUAUCUAAGCGGUUCCUGCUUGUGGUGGCGCUACUCGGCUUGGCUCUUUUUGCGCUUUUCAUUCUGCGCCGCGGCCGCCUCCAUGGUGCACCCUCGCCUCUCGUGAGCGAGCCAUGGACCGCAAACGCUUCUCAGAACGAUGUGCACCAGCGCAUUUCUGCGCUUGAAAAAGCGCUGAACAAGGUGUGGCAAUCGCUAAGCGAUACGGCCACCGAGACCCGCCGUGUACAGGAGACCUUUUCGGAGCGCCUUUCGUCUCUGGAACGUCGCAGUGUGUUUAAGCAAACACUGCAGGGUCUUGAGGACGACGUAAAGGCGUUGAGGAAAGCACAGGAAGACCGAAUCUUGGUGUGGCAGUCAGAGAAGCAGCGCUUAGACGAUAUGUACCGUCGCCUCGUGACCCUAGAGCGCGGCUCCAAAGGCAGCCGUGCUGGUGGCGGGGUUAUGUCGGCGGAGGGACUGCAGGAGCAGAUUUCGGAUGUGGCGCGCAAGCUGCAGCAAGUGGAACGCCAGGCGCGCGAGGCCGAGAUGGCUGCAAGCGAAGCCAAGCGUACACUAGCUCCCCUAAAACAACUAUUACCGGAGCAUUUGCCUGUGCGCUACGAUGUACACUCACGGAAACUGCUUGUCGACCCUGCUUUUUGGCAAGAGCUUAAGAAGCGCCUACCCAAGGCGUCUCAUGCGCAGGAGUCCGUUUCAUGGACCGAGUUUGUGAGCGAGCACCGUGCCGAUUUAGACACUGCUUUGGAAGAGGUGAUCCGUCGCCAAGUGGACAGUGGUUUACUGCUUGAUCGAGCCUCGUUCAUGCAACUCAUGGAGGCAGAAUUGGCCCGUGCAAAGGUCGAUCUCAGCGCGCGCUUCAAUGAGCAUAUGCAAGACCUGCAGAACGAUGUACUGGCUAAGGUGCGGCAGCAGCAGGCUAUGUAUGAGCGCAGUGGCUCCUGGGAGCGGCCGGCCGCCCAGGACGAUACGGAUGUGGGCCACGUUCGGCGUCUCAUCGAUGCGGCGCUCGCCAAGUUUGCGGCAGAUCACAUUGCGCGUCCGGACUAUGCGCAGUACUCGUCUGGCGGUCGUGUGAUCCCCACACUUACAAGUCCGACGCAUGAGCUGCAGCUGCCUGGUCGCCGCGUCGAUGGUCUGACGUCGAUGCUGUCGUACCUGUUACCCCUGCCAAUGCGCUCGGGCGCCCACGACACGCACACUCUUCGUGGCCGCAUGCCUGUGGUGGCGCUCCAUCACGAUAUCUCGCCGGGCAUGUGUUGGCCUUUUUCAGGCACGCACGGGCAACUGGGGAUUCAACUUGUGCGCCGGAUUCGGCCGACGGCCGUGACAAUCGAUCAUGUACCUACUUCGCUCGCCCUGGAUGGGCAGGCGUCGGCGCCCCGCGACAUGGAGGUGUGGGGCGUGGCGGACUCGCCGACAGACCAAGAGGCUCUUUCGCGGUGGCGGCUUACGCCCGCGGCCCGUGCAGCGAGUGAGGAGCCGUCACCUGUGCCGCCAUCGUCUGCACAUGUGUUUCUGGGUUCGUUUGUGUACGAUGCGGCUGGGCCGCCUAUCCAGACGUUUCCGCUUAGCCACACUGCAAGUGCCGCACUGCCUUUGGGGUUCCGCGUGGUGCAAGUGAAUGUGCUAAGCAACUAUGGCAUGCGCGACUAUACAUGCUUGUACCGUGUCCGAGUGCAUGGCGAUCCGGUGGCGUAA